ACUCCUGCAGGCUGCAGGAUGAGAUGCUCACCACAAACACAACUAUUCUUAGAUAUUUUGUUGGUGUUGUACAGACAGCCAUCUGUUUUUCCAUCAAGACGACAAUAUGUGGAGGGUCAAACCUCCAGUUACAUUUCCUAAGGAGGUGAAAUACCGGCCAAUUUUAGAGAAUUUGAUUCCCCCUGACCCCAUGGCCCGAUUUCACCUGAAGAGAGGUUUCCCUCAGGAGGAGUUUCCUGACUUGUGCAGGAACUUUACCUGGAUGGGUCGAAUCCUCACACUGGAUCUGUACCGCCGACAGUUUAACCGCUGCACCCAGAGUGGAGUAAUCUUUGAUGACGUCAUUCGUCCCGGCCUGGAGGAACCAGGAGAUUAUUUAGGUCCUGUAGCUGUCGGGUGUGUUGCCGGCGAUGCCGAGUCCUACAUCCUGUUCUGUGAUUUCUUUGACCGAGUUAUUGAAGCAUAUCAUGAACAGAAGAUCACCAGCCAGACACCAGAGAGUGACUUGAACUAUGACAACUUGAAGGACGAUCAUAUAUUCCAGAAUAUAAACACAAUAAGCAUCUCCACAAUAGACCGGGUUUUGAAGAAGCAUCAGAUGACAAUGAAAGAAACCUACAGGGUACCAUUUGAGAGGAACUCUGACAGACUGAAGGAGCUGCGCUACCAGUAUGUAAAUAGAAUAAUGGCAUUGGAAGGACAUGAGACCCCUCACAUCCUGGUGUUCGUGGAUGAAGCUGGCUUCAACCUGGCCAAGGGCCGAAGACGUGGCCUUAAUAUUAUUGGCCACCGGGCCACAGUGGAUGUCCCAGCUUUGCAGCAACUGGAACAGGAGCUGGCAGGUCGACUUCUCUUACUAACGGACUUAAGCCAAGAGCAACAGAGUGAGCUGAGUCUUAAAGCUCCAACUUCCUUCCAGCUCCGCAUAGGUGUGGCCCGGGACUGGCCUGAUGCCAGGGCAGUUUGGGUGAGUGAAAACAGGAGCCUGUUGGUCUGGGUCAACAUAGAUGAGCACCUCAGGCUGGUAUCAAUGCGAGAAGAUGCCAAUGUGGCUGAAGCUUUUCAAUGCAUCUGCAUCAGCUUGCAAAAGCUGGAAAAAUACUACAGAGGUCUCAGACAUCCCUUUAUCUGGAAGCAGCAGUUGGGAUGGGUGACGAGCUCCCCGGCUAAUGUGGGUACAGGUCUGAGGAUCAGCGUCCUCAUCAAACUGCAACACCUUCCCACACAUAAACACCUUAAGGAUGUUCUGAAAAGACUGAGGAUCAACAUGGACAAAACAGAUUCCCCGGAACUAUAUAAUAUAAGCAACAUGGCAACCUUUGGCUUUACCGAGGUCGCACUGACCCAGCUGGUGGUGGACGGGGUUAAGCUACUUACCAUCAUGGAGAAAAGGCUGGAAGGCAACCUAAGUAUAGAUGAGCUUGUUCCUGCACAGAAGUAGACACAUUAGGAAGACAAAUGGCUGAAGGAAUACUAGCAAAAAGAUGAUUGCUAAGAAGACUAUGGAAAAAUAUACCUUGCCUACUUUGAUCAAGAUAAAGAUUAGGUUGACAAAAGUUUUACUUUACAAUGCGACUUCACGAUGGAUUAAAAAAACAGAUGACAUGAAUUAACUAAUGGAUUGCAAAACACUGCAAUUACAAAGAGUAAUGCAUUUCUUUUACAGAGAAUACGUGUCUGAUGGAAAACAGCAAGAAACAAAUCCUUCAUAAGGCACUCACUGAAAUCAUUUUAAUCCUUAUUGACUGUUAUUGGUGCACAGUAGUAGGAGUCCAUAGGGACUAAGUAAAGCGCUAUACAAAUGCAGGCCUCUCU